CUUUGAAAUGGAUCUUUUGUGGUGGAAAGGGAGGAGUAGGUAAAACGAGAAUAUCCUGCUCAUUGGCUGUCCAAUUAGCCUCUUGUCGAGAAUCAGUGUUGUUGGUCUCCAUGGAUCCGGCGCACAAUUUAGCGGAUACGUUUUGUCAAAAAUUCAGCAAACAUGCGAUGCGCGUCAGUGGUUUUGAGAACCUGUAUGGCAUCGAAAUCGAGUUACAAGGUGAUCAAGACGGGAUGGCUGGCAUGAUGCCUGAUCCAGUAUUCACCAUUCCUGGUAUGGAUGAGGCCAUGAGAUUCGCUGAAAUUAUGAAACGUGUGCAAUCGAUUAAAUACUCGGUGAUCAUAUUCGAUACGGCCCCCACCAGUCACGCUCUCCGAUUCUUAUCUUUCCCUAGCAUAUUCGAAAAUGCUAUCGAAAAGCUAUCCCUCUUAAGCGGUCACUUGGGGCCGAUCAUGCAGCAAUUUGGCUCCAUCAUGGGGCUACGAUCUACCAAUGCUGAUGAUAUGUUCGGCAAGCUGAACGGCAUGAGAGCACUUAUUGCUGAAGUUAACGGCCAGCUCAAAGAUCCAGACCUGACGACAUUCGUAUGCGUCUGCAUAUCCGAGUCAUGGUCACUUCAUGAGACCGCAAGAUUGAUCCAAGCUUUAACUUCUUACAAAUUUGGUGCUCACUGUAUUGUUGUCAACCAACUGCUAUACCCUAAACCAAACACUGACUGUGAUCAAUGUAACACUCGAUACAAGAUGCAAUGGAAGUAUUUAACGGAAAUUCGCAAUCGCUACAUGGAAGAAUUCCAUGUUGUUCCAAUGCCCUUGUUAACCGAGGAAUUGAGAGGGGUUAAAAGCAUCACAAAUUUUUCGAAGAUGUUGAUUGCACCAGUUCUAGCUCAACAGACCAUAGUUCCAAAGGUUGGGGAAAGUUCAGGCCGGGCUUGGAAAAAGAGGCCCGCUGCGAAGGCCACGGAUUCGAUGACCCAUGAGAAAAAUACAAGUAAUGAAACGGCAAGUGCUUUGGCGUUUCCAACCCACCAAAGCAUUGGACGCAAUGCAAAUGUUAGCCUCGAGUCGUCCAGAAAGACCACCCGAAACGGAGCAAAAUCGGAUUCUGUGAUCUCAGAUGAAGAUGACGAAUUGAGGCCUGGUCAGGAUAACGCCAAAGAGGGAAAUACCUUUUCAGCAACACGAAGCCACGAAACUUCAGCGCCGCCGAGGAUCCAAGAGCGCGAGUUGGCUCAGGCUAGGGGUAACGGGGCUGCUCAAGCUAAUUUCGAUACUCAAGAUGUUGGUCAUCUGCGACAUACUAGCACCCCUCACGUCGGCGCCACCUCACGUUUCUCGGAGCCUAUCCUUGACUUUGACGCUCGUAGGAGACGGGUUAAUUGGCACGAGCUUUGUCCACGUAUCGGGCCCACCCCGACAGGCCAAGCCAAAGAUCUCAAAGCUCCCACCGGACAGAUUUUGAAAGUUCCCAGGACCCAGACAGACAAGGGUUGGGCCGACAAUGCUGCCCUACCACAGAACACUCAAGACACCGUGGUCCCGUCAAUACCCGCCGAGCGCUCCGAAAUUACUACAUUACCGAACAAGCCAAAUAAUCUUGCCAGCCAUGAUAGAUCCUCGAGCCAAACUCCUGCGAUCUCUAAGCCCAAACAUAUCAACAGCCACGACAAUCCACUUAACGCGAGUACAAUGACCUCGAUUUCGCAGAUGGGCUCAGCAAAUAACUUCAUUCCAAACUCCCAGCAACUUGCCUCUAUCUCCAAAGCAACCUCGAAUGAGAUGGAGGGAAAGCAUACAACGCAAGCUCGGAAGGUGGAUGGGAAUUCUUUUCAAGCUAAUGGGACACGGGGGGUCAAUGAGGCUGAUGAGAAUGGGUUAGCUAAUGAAGUAAACGGAAUUGGGGUGCAAGAAGGAAGAAAACGAAAACGAACAAGUGUCGAAGAUCUUGAUUCUACUGAAAAUAAUUCAGCUCGGGAUAAAAACCCAAAAACUCUGGUUCCUGUUAACGUUUCGUCGGCACAUAUCAAACUACAAUCCACUCGCCCCGGCCCCCCAAAGGAUGGAGCAUUGACAACGGAUGUGGAACGUGAAGAAGCGCUCACACCUUCCAGUUCUACGGUCAGGGAGCUCCCUAGGGAGCUUCCUCUGUUUUUGCCCGCACCUUCCAGUUCUACGGUCAGAGAGCUCCCUCUGUUUUUGCCCACACCUUCCAGUUCUACGGUCAGAGAGCUCCCUCUGUUUUUGCCCACACCUUCAAGUUCUACGGUCAGAGAGCUUCCUCUGAAAGACAGAAAGCAAAACGUGCAGCAUUUCUGGAUAUUCAAGGAAAAUGAAACAAGUAAGAAUGUCCGGCAGGGGAACGCGGAAGAACUGCGAAUGCCUAAGGACAAGAAAGGCGUGACUCGUAGGGCAAUAAAGUGGAUUAUUUGGAAAUCUGCUCUCCAGCCAGGAGUUUUGUUACAUCAGAUCUGGUCAAUCAGACAGUGUGAAGACAUGCGGCUGGCUCACGAGAAGAUGGAAGAAGACUCCAAGAAUAGAAGAUGGGAUUAUGGCCCUGAGUUGAUGGAAAAGGUCAUAGACAUGAUUGAGUGGUUCUCAAGCGACACCAAGGAAACUCCACAAUUGCUCCAGGUCAAUUGCGAAGAUCCAUUCUUCCAACAGAGGAUUGUUCGUCUCGAUAUCAUCAAAAACGCAUGGGAAUCGACCGAGACUGAAAAGGUAGCUUAUUGGAAAGCACUUGGAGGUAUGAUGAUCAGGACGGAUGAGAACCCCAAAUACACUGAGGAUAAGGGGGCCCAGCGCAUCUUCGGUCCAGCCUUCAAAAAACUUCAUAGUCUCUCUGUAGUAGCCUUCGACCAAAUCGACAAAUUUCUUGGUCCAGGAAAAUCUCCAAGUUCUCCCGAGCACCCGAAGUCAGACACUUUGCUCGUAGCUGGAGAGUUUUUGAUUGGAAAGAUCCGUGCUCUCCAAACCGCUGUAAAAUCGUCUACCCGGACCAGUGCGAUUAGAGGUCCGAACGGAUUAAUGAUCCUGCAAAAGAGGAUUUGGGAGACUCUACUUUGUGUUCUGAUGAUGCAACACUCUGUAAAAUUUGCUGCUGAAAAAGGACGUGAUUCUAGAACCGCGACUGAUCCAAACCGAACACAAGAAACGGCUGAAAAUAGUUCAACAUACGAUCGUGGACGGAGCUUGUUCAAGAGUGGUGAUGUCGGUCCAAACCCAACUAAGAAUCAAUUGAAAGAAUGGGGGAAAAUCCGACUUUCUGCCUUUGGCUCUAUGGCUGUUUUCUUUCUCUAUGGGGUCGCUGGAUGGUGGUCAUGUUUGAUUGAUCCUUGGCGCUUCAAUCAGAAAGAUGUCUGGUCAAUCGUUCAAUUGGCUCACGUAAAGAAUAAAUGGAUCUAUGCGCCAGAUCACCUUCCAACUCAACACGCGGAUGAAACUCCAUGGUACACCACUGACAGCUUUGUUCGAUGGCUCCUUCGCGAAACAAACAUGGCUUGUCGAGAUAUGACCCAGAUCGAUUGGGAAUUCGCACCAGCGUUUUGGGCCAAACACGUCACCGAAUUAAACAUAGCUCGAUUUGCUCUUGAAGAUAUUCUGAAUCAAGUCUGUGCUCAAAAUCCUCUCAAGAGCUUGAACAUGCACGGUAAAGUCUCUCCUGAUGUCAAGCUGGACGAUGCCUCUCGAAAGGAAAUGGAAAAAAUCAAAGCUUCUAUCAGCUCUGGCUGGAAAUCCACUUUUAAAUCCCACCAUCAAUCCACCUCUGACCAUCAACAAUCAACUUCAACUCAUAAAGACUCUAGGAAAGGAGGAGCCGAGGUGGAUUUGACUAGGGGUGUUUAA